UAAUAAUAAUAUAGGUAUACUAUUAAGAUACUGUAUGUUAAUGUACAGUAUAUACAGUAUUAGCCUACUAGCCUACAUAGUAUAUUAAUAGGCUUUAUAACAACCCUCUGUUAACCCUAAUUAACCUCUACAACCGAAAGGUACUAACCCUAACUAACCUCUACAACCGAGAGGUACUAUCCCUAACUAACAUCUACAACCGAGGGGUUGGCCUACGUACCCUAACUAACCUCUACAAACGAGGGUUGUCCUAACCCCGACUGAACCCCGUCAGGAGCAGAAGGGGGAGAGAUGCCUACUGCGACUGCGCAGCAAGGCUCUCUGGGAGGCUGCAGGAUUUGGCAGAUUUUAGAAAGAUUUUAUUCAUUUAACGUUUUUACUAACACGAAGCACGUCUAACAGGACUACAAAAAACUUUUUUAUUUUUUUUUCAGGAGCAUUCUGGAUUCUGGAUUAAGAAGCACAACAAUGAGUGCUCAGUCCGACAUCAACAAGAAGGUCUUCGUCCCACGGGGAGAGACGAUGCUGGUCGCCGUGGAGGUGAGGAGGAGGAGGAGGACGGCCGGGAGGAGGAUCCUCCAGCUGUCCACACGAGGGGGAGAAUACGCGACCUACCUCUGUCUAUCAGUGACCAAUAGGACGCCUCCUCAACUGCUCAUCACCAAAGUCAAACAGUUUGCCGGCUCCGCCCCCUUCGUCACAAGGUCACAGUGGGGCGUCGACCAGCUCCGCCAGGUCAAUGGAAUCGACCCAAACAAGGACUGCCCAGACUUCGACCUGGUCUUUGACAACACCGUGGACCAGUGGCUGUGCAGCUCCUCUGCAGAGAAGUGCAUCUUCAUCCUCAUCCUGUACCAGGCCUACAAGACCUACACCGGAGGUCCCACCGGCCCCCCUGUGUGUCUGCCUGUGGGCGUUGGGAAGGUGGGGGCGUUGCGCAGGAUGAGCCUUGAUGCCGUCCGGAUCGCGCCGCGCGGGCCGGUGGAGCCCCCGGUGGCCGGAGGACCGAGGGCCCGGACGCUAUCGCCCAGGAGGAAGAGCUGCGUGCCUGCCAGGGGGACAGAGUUCAUCAACUGUCAACCCAAGCUAACGGGAGAGGCCUGUACCAUGAACCUGGUCAUCUACCGCGUCAAAGCCUUCUUCACCCGCCUGAGGAAGAGGAUGCUAGCCAAGCGCCCGGCCCACCGGUCCAAAGGUCAGCCAGGACAUUUCUCGGGGGGCAUCAUGAGUAAUGUAGUGCAGAGGGUGACGGUGUCUGUGGGCGAGCGAGGACAGCGACUAACCCGGGCGGAGGACCAGACGCUGGAGCUAAUGCACAAAGCCCAGCAGUUCGCAGACACGGCCCACAAGCUCAGCCUGAAGUACUCAAAGUGACUUCACCGAAAACCUUGAAGAAGAACAAGGCCUAGCGCUCUGGGAGUUCCUUAACCAGCCCGGAGAACCAUAACUAGAACCCUGGGAGUUCUUUAACCAACCUGGAGAACCUGGAGUAGAACCCUGGGAGUUCCUUAACCAGCCCGGAGAACCAUAACUAGAACCCUGGGAGUUCCUUAACCAACCUGGAGAACCUGGAGUAGAACCCUGGGAGUUCCUUAACCAACCUGGAGAACCAUAACUAGAACCCUGGGAGUUCCUUAACCAACCUGGAGAACCUGGAGUAGAACCCUGGGAGUUCCUUAACCAACCUGGAGAACCAUAACUAGAACCCUGGGAGUUCCUUAACCAACCUGGAGAACCUGGAGUAGAACCCUGGGAGUUCCUUAACCAACCUGGAGAACCAUAACUAGAACCCUGAGUUCCUUAACCAACCUGGAGAACCAGGCCGAGCGCUCUGGGAGCUCCUUCACCAGAGGUCCACUGCUGAGGAGAUAAAGUACUUACUGCUGGCUGUAAUCAGGUCUUGUGAUGAACUACUGACUGUAUUUCUUGUGUCUGGUGUUUAACCACAUGUCGUAAAGUCCUUAUGUUGUCAUGUCUGUCUUCAAUGUUUGAAGGUCUCCUUAUGCUGCUAGCCUCUCGUAUCUGUUUUAAUCUUUGUUUGUCUGUCUGAUGGACUUCUGUUCAUGUCUACAUAUUGUCGGCCUUUCAUUCAUGUGUCUGUUAUCCGUAAUGUCUUGAUUACUUUAUGUUUGUGCGAUGCAUAUUCUUCUCGGUGUGAGUGGGGCUACGUACAUGUAAAGCUUCCUUAAUGUAACUUGACUUAACAAUCCAAACUGCUCUUAAAACAACACACAAUACAUUGUGUGUUUGAAUAAACUGUUUACAAAGAGCUGUUAUGUCACUUUGAAUUAUAUUUUGAGAUGCAUGUCUCUGAUAUGACGUUACCAACCCUCACCACCAGAGGGCGCCAGAUGGCCAUCUGGCUACAGCCACACACAUCAUUGUGAGUUGAUGUCACGA